UCCAAUAGCUGGUAGACUUCCUUACAUGGCGAGAAAGAUUUCGCAAUACUUCGAACAGCUCCAGUCCUAAACAAAAACAGAAAGAUUCGUUUUAGUGAAAAAGGAAAUAAUUACACUUUCUCUUGCUUCGAUGGACCAGACUGAAAGCUACUGUUAUUAAAGCACGGUGCUUUGCAUUCAAAGAGAGUUGAGCGCAGCCCAGAUCUCCCCUCCGCUCCAGCCCAUCAUCUUCUCCUCUAAGCCCUUUUCACUGCGGGACACCGGCAGAAGAACGCGUGAAGUGGCAGGCACCCGGUCCAAAUGAGCAAGCCGUCGCAGCAGAGACCCAACACAGACCAGAACGGCGUGAGCGUGAGCGUGAUCCAGACCCAGGCGCAGAGCAGCGGCGUACAGCAGGUGCCCCAGCUGGUGCCAGUCAGCCCAGGCGGAGGAGGAGGAGGAGGAGGAGGAGGCAAGGCCGUGCCCCCCAGCAAGAUGAAGAAGACCCACGCCGACAAGGACACGGAGGAGUACCGGCAGCGGCGCGAACGCAACAACCUGGCGGUGAAGAAGAGCCGCAUGCGCAGCAAGCAGAAGGCCCAGGACACCCAGCAGCGCGUCAACGAGCUGAAGGAGGAGAACGAGCGGCUCGAGGCCAAGAUCAAACUGCUCAGCAAGGAGCUGAGCGUCCUGAAGGACCUGUUCCUGGAGCACGCCCACAACCUGGCCGACAACGUGCAGCCGCAGGGCCCCGAGGCCCCCGCCGCCGGCCAGAACAACAACAAUAACAACAACAAGCGUCCGUGAAGGCCCCGCGCCCCUCUGCACCGUGCGUUCGCUGUCCUCUAAACCGUUUCGGGAGUUCUCCUCUUGACCGGAGCAGCACUGCUUACAAAGCUCUAUUCUACACCAUUUAUUUUGUGGUCGAUUUUUGGACGGGCAGUUUUGUUCUCAUGAGAUUUUGACGAGGCUUUUCAGGUUGGGAUAUUACACUUUUACACUUGCGUUUAGAUGUUGCAUAAGAGAUAUCAUGACCCAAUUUUUUUUGUUAGUACUACCAUAGUUUUCUGUCACAGUAGGGUUAGAUGGGUGUACAAUUACCAGCAGUAAUUUAUUUCCCUCAAAAAAGCCAUUGUUUUCUAAAAGACAAAUUCCACAUUUAACUCUAUUACAUGUAUGAUAGUCACAAGCUGGCAAGUCCCUGUGUAGUGAUUUUUCUCCCCUCCAUAUAAGUGACACUGAAUUGUACCACACUGUUUAUUUCUUUAUAUUCAUAGGGGAAAUACAUGAAAACAACACUGAGAUGCAAUCUGACGCUGUUAGUCUUUUUACAUAAAGUGUAAAAAAUGGCAACCCCCUUUUUCUAAUUAACAUUAACACAGAAAAUGCAAUAUGUCGACAACACAGGGACUUAAGUCUGUCUAGAUUCUUUGGGCAAAGUAAUUUGAACGAUCUAAGGACUGUAUAAACAUCGAUUUAGGCUGCAUAUUUUCAUGCUUAAAAAAAAGAUAAAAAUCCUCCUUAAAUGGCGUGAGUAAAGUAUAUUUUGUAAAUCUGUAUUUGUCCAAAUGAAAUGUUUGCUGGUGAUGUAUGUUUGGGGCUCUUUAGGACAUUUUGGAACAGGAUUCAUGAAUUCUCAGAGAGAAUUUCUUAGUGAGUCUUUGAACAUGUCAGUGUGAGUCAAUUCACAUUAAUUCAGAUUUAAUGUUGAUCUACAGAACUUAAAUCAUAUAGAUAAGUUUUGUAAGCCACCAUUAAAUCUCUACGAGAUGUUGAUCUGUAAAUAUUAUACACACACUGCAGCACGGCAGUGUUUGACUGCCAGAAAAGCACACGCCCAAGGCUGAUGCACAGGACUGAGAUCCAGACCUCCUCUUUGCCAUUACUUGCAGCUGUUGAAUCAGUUAAGCCUUUAAACCAUGCUAAUUUAGAAGGAAAGUGAUAUAUAGCUCUAUUUUCUUGUCUGGGCAGUGGUGGAGUAAUUGACUUAACUAAAUUAGUCGGGCAGAGUUGGACAUGUUUGGCCCAAUUGUGGAAGAUGUCAUAAGGUGUUUCAGCAUGUGCAGACAGUGGUUUUCAGAGUGGUUGGUCAUAGGGCUUGAUGGAUUGUUCCUACUUUUAUUUUAGAAUUACCUUCAACAUCAGUUGCAAUUCCAUAUCGAAUAAAGAUCAUUCUUGUUGAAAAUUGAUUUAUGGUAGAGAAAGGCUAAAUAGUAGCUCUUGAAUCUUAUUGAAUACACUUGAGUACCUCAGGAUGAACGAUAGAUCCAUGCCAAACAGGGCUUUUUGAGAACCCAUUGAAGAUGUCUAGUGUACUAUUUCGCAAAUUUUUUCUAUUUUUAAUUUUUCUAUGACCUUAACUGAAACCGGCAUGAUGAUAAACCAAGUUGCAUGUUAAAUACUGUCCAACUACAUUAUUUGCACUUCCUGAAACAAAAGUGGAAAAUGUUCCAAUCGAUUAGACAUUCAGUUAAAUGUGCUGAGCAGUCUUUAUGCGCUGUUGAACAGAGAAUAAACUAAAGGCAUGAAUACACAUGUAUUGAAUAAAUACAAAAUUCAAAUUGGGAUAAAACAUUUUAUAUAGGAAAUGACUUGGAGUCAAUAUUUCGUUUGAGGAUUUGAUUGACAAUUUGUUAAAGUACGAAUGUUGCUGGGCAGCAUUUGUCUGUAAGUUGUGACUUGCUUUUUUACUAGAAAAUAAAUGGUAAGGUGCAUUGUAAUUUAAACUCAAAUAAAAAGUUUUUUGCUCAAUA